UCUUCCAGAUCCAUUGCAGAUUUUUACCCGGAUCUUCGCUCUACUGCGUCUGCGCACUGAUCAAGCCGCUGCCUUCCGCAUCUCUGUGACGUCACAUACCAGAAGUGACGACACAGGUUGCAUGGACUGUGGACGAAUGAUAAACAUUGAGGUCUAUUGGAUAUGCCAUAAAUGUCUGAUCUCUGGAGGUCUGGACACUGGGAACUCUACUUUUAUCAAAAAUCUGACCUUUACCAUUUAGCUGCUGAGUAUAAGCUACCGUCAGAGCAAUAUUCUACUUGUGCUGGAAAGAGCAGCUCAGUGGUUCAACUAUUACUGAUGUAAAGGAAUAUUGUGGCCACCUGUAUACACAUCAACAUCCUUGUACUACAAUGCCAUUGAUACUUCUCAGGCAUCCCAAAAAGAUGGCCAGAGAUACAGAUAAAUACAGUGGUCCCUCAAGUUACAAUAUGAAUUGGUUCCAGGGCGACCAUUGUAUGUUGAAACCAUUGUAUGUUGAGACCAUAACUCUAUAGAAACUUGGUAAUUGGUUCUGAAGCUACCAAAAUGUCAUCCAAAAAGUAGGAAAAGCCAUUCCUUAGCGGGAAAGCUGGGGACUGAAUAGAAAUGAGUGCGGAACAGAAUAAACCACUCUUUGUUUGUGAGGUUUGCCAAGUUUUCUGCUCCUCAGCAUUACAUUUCAGUGACCACAUAGGAGGAAUUAAACACAGGAAUGCAGUGAAAGAAGAAUCACCUGAACUCCUGGAAAAUAUACAACGUCUACAGUAUUUUCUUGAUACAUUUCUGACAGAUGAACCUAUGCUCGGUCUUGAGUAUAUUGUUGAGCAUUGUAGGAAUGGUACAUACUCCUACAAAUGCUUGUUGUGUGAGACACAAACCCCAAGAGGGACCACAAUAUUGCAUCUAUGUGGAUCAAAACACAGAAUCGUAUACCUGAAAAAACACCAUCCAGAAUUAGUGGUAAAUCAACUACAUUUUUCUAAAAGAUCUGAAUAUACACAACAAUUAAAAUUGAUUGCAUCACAAGUAGAAAAAAUGCAUGGGAGAAAACGUAUAUUGCAAGAUGCAACUGAGAUUAAUGAAGGCAAGGCUGGUCCAAAUCCAGCUAAAGUUCCUAAAAUGUCCUCAACGCUCUUUCCUGAAGAACUUCCACCACCAAAAGGGGUAUUGCAUCGAAUUUCCCCAGCAAAUAAAAGUGUUAUUGAAAAUAUUAUGGUAAAUACAGAGAAAUUGAACCAAUUAAUGGACUUUACAACAAAUAAUGACUUUUUGAAUUACUUGCGAAGCUUCCAAAUUAAAAAUGAUGGUGAUGCCUCGUUUGUUCAACAAAUCACUAAGAAUUGCACUAAAGCACUGUUGAAGUUUCGUGAAGAGCAAACUAAAACUCAGGUUUUUUCCACUGUAGCAAGCAAUACUGAUUCAAAAAAUGACAAUUCUUCAGACAAGGCAAUUCCACCCAUGUUUCAGAACACAAGCGACGCAACUGAUGCUUUCUUUAAUAGCAUCAAAAACAUGAAUGCAUCCGAAGUCAUUGUUAUAUUGAAAAAAAUUGCUGCUACAAACCCUGCUUUUCGAGAUAUAAAUAUACCAAGCCUUAUAAAACACUUGCAAGAAACUGGGAGAUUGAAGAGUUCAUGACAGUAUAAGAUGAAAAAGUUUUAAUUAUUAUGUUUCUCAUUUUUCAUUAUUUUUUAUUGUAUGGUGACUUUUUUUUCUCAUUACCUUGCAAAACUGAAAUCUUCAUUGUUUGUUUUUUUUUUUUUUCUUUUAACUGUAAAAUUGAAGCUCACAAGUGUUUAGUUAGAGGAGGUGCUUCUUAGUAUCUUCUUGCCAUACUGCCUCAAUCUGGUCUUAAAUAAACCUAUGCCUUCACAGUUCAUGGGGGCCCAAAAUUGUUUUGAGAAGGUGAUCUGCAACAGCCCUUCCUAAAGGUGGCCGUACAUCUAAUACUGAAGUCAGUCGAACCCACCAAAGGCGGCGGUGGUUCCAGCCAACUGUCUAAGGCUGCAUUCACAUCACAGUUUUUGCUGUGUAUUACUGAAUGGUUUGAUCCAUUUAAUUGUACACAAUUAUUAUUUUUUACAUAUGUACAGUAACUAAGGGAUAGUCAAGAAAAAUGGAGAAACAAAAAACUAAUGGAGAAACAAAAAACUAACUUUUUUCUUGGGCAAGAAAGUGAGAAAACAAACUACCAUUACGUAUUUGUCUGAUAUGUAAAUUUUAGACACAUCUAAUUUUAAUUAUUAGCAUACGAUUUUAGGCCAUGCGCUUAACAAUACAUUUGGCGAAUGCAAAAAUUGUGAUGUCCAUGCGUCCUAAGCUGUAUGGUGGCCCCUAACGCUCCACCAACAGAUGAUGUCAGUUGAGAGAAGGGUCGGGUGGAAAAUCCAACACGCUUGACCGGCUGUCCACAGACAUCAUCUGUCUAUUGUUCUGAGAGGUGCCUGGCUGCGGCUUAUCCUUCUUAUAGACAACAUGUGAAUGUUUCGCCAUUUAAUCGUUUUUCUGUCAUAAAUGAGGCCCUCAAAGCAUAAGCCAGUAUAUUACAGUUGGAGACUAGGGUGGAGUAGAUGGCAGCAAUACAUGUUGGGAACUGAGUCCUCUACCCUCAUAGGUUGCUGCUAAAGCCCUGCCCUUACUGGCUGCUCUGAAAAGAAACCCAUAAGGAGCAAG